AACUAUUUCUAUAAACAAAAUUAGAAAUUUGAUACCAAAGUGCGCGCGUCUUUACUCUUUUGUAUAUGAGUACCAAAGAAAAAAAAUAUUUCAGUCUUGAAUAAGAUUUCAGUCAUAAUGGUUGAAUAUAUUGUUGAUGUUCAAGGAUUUUAUGAUACUGAUCAAAGUUUUAUUGUGAAAGAAUUUGCAAUAGCAAAUUUGAAUCAAGAAGAUGAUAUCAAGUCGGUAGUAUUCAAGCCUCCAUGUGCCAUGAGUACAUUAUCAUCUGCUUGCAAACUGACAAAUAAUUGGUUAACAAACAAUCAUCAUGGACUGUUAUGGAACUCAGGAGAUGUUGAUUAUGCUGAACAUGGAAAAAUUAUAAAUGAUAGCCUUGAGUCUUCAAUUUACGUAUAUGUAAAAGGUCAUGAGAAAAAAAAAUGGCUCAGCAAUAUUUUAAAAGACGAUAAAACUAUUAUUGAUUUGAUUGAUAUGGAUUGUCCAGCGCAUGGCAAACUACCAACUAAGAUAAUGUACAAAAAUUGAGAGCAUGGUUCCGAACUACCUGGGGAUCAGUUUCAUCAUUGAAAAAAUCGAUUCAGCUAUUUUGUCAUCUUGAGAGUCUGGAAAAAAUGGCAACAGAAGAUAUUGCAAAUUUACCAGAGAGAUAUAU